AUUUGUCCUGUUUGGAAAAGAAUGGCAACUUCAAGUACUGAUGUUAGUGAAUCAUCAGACAUCGUUCACGAGUUUGCAUGUAAACCUUGUUCUGAUGAUGACAAAAACAUCGACGGUGUGAAUUUCUGUGCCGAGUGCCAGACUUACUUCUGCCAAGCAUGUGUGCAGUUCCACAACAAAUGCUUCAAAACUCACACAAUCUACAAUAAAUCUGGAGUGAAAUCAGGCAAGCUGCAGUUUGAGCAGACACAAAGCGGUUUAGCUUGUGAUAAACAUGCCGGAAACCUGAUUCAAAUGUACUGUAGAGAACAUGAUACUGUCUGUUGUGCUGUUUGUAUAGCUGUUGAUCACAGAUUGUGCAAAAGUGCUGACUUCAUCCCAAAGCUGGCAAAAGAAAUCUUGAAUGGACGGGACAGAAAUGAUGUAAAGACAUCGCUAGAAGGGAUUCGGAAACAGCUGAACUCCAUGAAGGCUAAAAAAUUACAGCAGAUAAAAGAUGUGGGUGAAGAAAAAGAUGAAAACCUGAAAGAAAUUGUCAAGAUGAAGGAACAGAUCAUUGCCAGAGUGGAAGAGAUUGAACGAAAUUCUGUCCAACAAGUCCAGAAGAAACAUGACAAAAUCGUUAGAGCUAUAAAGACUGACAUAGACUCAAUUGAUGUGAAACUGAAUGCUGUUCAGAGCAAUAUUGAAAAGGUCAAUGCAUUCAAGGGAGACAAUGAAGCUAAAUUGUUUGUAGUUCUGAAUAAAGCACAUGAGGUAGAAGUAAGUAGUAGUAGUUUCAUUGAUGAGAAUGGUAAAGGGGAGUAUGACAAAAUUGAUUUUGUAGUCAAUCAAGAUAUUGCUUCCUUUGUAGGUAAGAUAGAUGCUUUUGGUAAUGUCAGAGGUGAUGGAGAUAGGAAAAUAGGCAGUACAGUAGCGUCUUAUUCUCAGAAGCAUCAAUUGUUAAUUUAUGAUCUGAAAGGUUGUCAUAUUGAAACACAUAUAUUCCUGUCUGAUGAAAAAGCUGAUAUAGAAAUCAAUCAUGCAACUUUCAGUCCUUAUAACUCUUGCAUGUACAUUUCUACCAGGAAAAAGGGUCUCUUAGUCUUUGACACAAUUAACAAGACAUUGUCAGAGGUUACACACAAGAGACUUCAGAAUGCUUAUUGUGUUUGUGAGGGAAGAAAUGGUCAAUACUUUGUUUGUGGUCAGGACUCAAACAAUAUAUUUCUGGUAGAUAGAAAGAAUAACAAAAUGGAAGAGAUCUUAGGUAGCUUAGAUGGAAUAUGGGACCCUAUUUCUGUAAUGUAUUUUAAACAAGAAAAUCUCCUCUUUGUGAUGAGUGCAUCUCAAGAUAUCAAAGUAUAUCAGUUAAAAUAG